UCACUGGGAGAACUCCUCAGCUUGAAGGUUGCUUCCAAAGCCUUUAUGGUGUCCAAGCAGUGGUUCUGUGAUAAGUUCACUGUCAAGACACCUGAGGGCGACGACAUCUUGUUCCCUUGCUACUGCUGGAUUGGCUGUGAAAAAGCACUCGUCUUGAGGCCUGCCAAAGCUACACUGGACUUCCAGGACACUCAUCCCAAACUCCAGAGUCACAGGGCCAACCAGCUGAGGGAGCUGAGGGAACUGUACAGAUGGCGCAUAUACGAGGAGGGAACGCCAGAAGUGGUCCACUACAAAACAGUCCAGGAGCUCCCUGCCGAACUACGCUUCUCCUUCACCAAGGAGACGGAAUUCAUCUAUACCGCAGGGACACAGUUGGGUUUUCUGGGCUUGACCGGACUAUCCAUCUGUCCAUUUUCGUGGACCUGCAUUGAUUACAUGAGGAAAGUCAUUGCCAUUAAGAACAAUACUAUUGACUACAUCAAGGACAACUGGGACAAGGAUGAGUUCUUUGGCUCCCAGUACUUGAAUGGAGUCAACCCCAUGCUGAUCCAGCGUUGUUCCAAACUGCCAAAGAACUUCCCCGUCACCGAGGAGAUGGUCAAGGAUUCCAUGGGAGGAUGUACCUUGGAGCAGGAGAUGAUGAGAGGAAACAUAUUCCUGGCUGACUACAAGAUGCUGCACGGACUUGUGGGAAAUGUAAUCCACAAAAAGCAGCAGUAUCUAACAGCUCCUCUGGUACUGCUGUACUCCAACCCGAAUGGUAAACUGCUUCCCAUCGCUAUUCAGUUGAAUCAGGAGGCUGGGGCGGAAAACCCCAUCUUUCUUCCCUCGGACUCCGAUUGGGACUGGAAGCUGGCCAAGAUCUUUGUGCGGAACGCAGAGUUUGGCGUGCAUGAGGUCGAUUAUCACUUGUUGAGAACUCACCUGCUAGCAGAGGUGUUCACCGUGGCAACUCUGAGGAACUUGCCUCCCCCACAUCCACUCUACAAGCUCCUGUUUCCUCACAUCCGUUACACACUCCAGAUCAACAGCAUGGCACGCAGUCAGCUGAUAUCACCUAAGGGAGCCAUUACCACGUAUGCAGGAAUAGGAGGUCCAUCCUUGAUAGAGUUGAUGAAGCGAGCCACAGCUACCCUGACCUACAGCUCCCUCUGCCUGCCUGACAACAUCAAAGAGAGAGGCCUGGAGACGGUGCCCAACUACUACUACAGAGAUGACGGACUCAAACUGUGGAACAUCAUCAACAAGUACGUGGAGGGGAUUUUGACCCACUACUAUCAGUGUGGUGCACAUGUGCAAAAGGACGCAGAGCUAUGUGAAUGGAUCAGGGAGAUACACACCCAUGGCUUCCUAGGAAAUAAACAUUCAGGAAUCCCGUCAUCUUUCCAAACCCUGGCAGAGCUUGUCAAGUUUGUCACCAUGGUGAUCUUCACUGCAUCAGGCCAACACGCUGCUGUCAACAAUGGACAGUAUGAGUAUGGUGGAUGGAUGCCAAACUACCCUACUACCCUCAGGAAGCCCCCUCCCACAGUCAAGGGCCAGACCACUGAGUGCGUCUUCUUCGAGACCCUACCUGAUAUCGGCACAACUGUCAACGGCGUUGGUGUCCUGAGGCUGCUGAGCAAGGAAUCAACAGACCGACACCCUCUGGGAUAUUUACCAGAAGAUCUGUUUCACGAAGACGUCCCUCUCCGGGUCAUUGCGGACUUCCAGAGCGAUCUGAAGGAGCUAUCCGAGCUCAUCGAGAAGAGGAACAAGCCACUGGUGCUUCCCUACACCUAUCUGGAUCCCAAGAACGUGGACAACAGUGUGGCCAUCUGAAGCGUAGCCUCGCGAGCCAUCCUACGUACUUCCGCCAAAGGAUUGGCUCCACUACUGUAGUCUGGCCGUGCUUCUCUGUGGAGUGCCUGGAGCAAUACUCAUGAACGGUCAUCCGGGUACUUUGCUCUUAAAUUUGCGUUACGCCCCUUUAUGGGUGAAAACAAACCGAAUGUCUCAUUGACUAUGCUACAUUGGCUAGCCUAAAUGAAUACAUUCCAUGCUUCAGCCACGGCUGUUUGGCUAUAUUAUUUGAACAACCGGCAACGUAACACGUUUUCGGCAUGUUGCGCGUGAACAACGCUAGUCUACAGGUCCGUAUCUUUCGUUUAUUAAUCCCCAACAUCACCAAUUGACUUGCAUGUGUUGUUUUCCCCCACAAAUGGGCGUAACGCACAUGGAAAACGUCACGCCGUUCAUGAGUAUAGAAUUUUGAUCGCAACGCCCCCCCAGAAAACAGCUAAUAAUAGAAUACGCCCCCCACGUUGUCGAGAAAGGGGGAGGACGCUCCUGACAAUGACGUACACAUCUGCGCCAGAGCCAUUGGUCUGCGCUAUGUUGUUGUUGAGUAACUGCCAGCGAUUGGGUGAGAGGUGUCCAAUAAUUUCAAACCAUAACUGAAUGCAAGCUUCCUGCUUCCUACAAUUGCUUCAGAGCAAACAAAUGCCAGACCAUAAAUACGAAAUGAAAUGGUAGUAUUAUGGGAUGGUCAGGACCAGGCUAUCUGAAGCGUGCAUUGCAUUGCAUUUUGUCAUGAGUUUUGUGAAACUUCCUUUUUUAUAUUGUUUCCUCCGCUAAGGAGGUAAUGUUUUCGGUCGUGUUGGUUUGUCUAUCUGUCUGUUUGUCUGUCUGUCUGUUUAGGUGGUGGGCCCAGUCUCAUAUCUUGUCAGUUCGUUGGUGUUAACGAGUGGCAACUUUAUUUUUGCUUAUAUAACCCCCUGACAACCCAUUAAUCAAUAUUUUGGCUGUUGCCAUCCUCAAAACUUGCACAUUGAUUUAUAAAAAUGACAACAAAAAACUAGCCGACCGAGUGACGUCACGUCAAUGAAAAAUCAACGAGGCAGAAUACAGCUAGCGCGUGCAUGCUACCCGGAAACGUCAGAUUUCAUGGCAAAAAGUUACAAGUUGGAGGGUAAGUGGGCUCACUUGUUGAGUACAUGCAAAAACAAAUAUUUUUCUCAAACUUUCAGAAGUGCUCUUUUUUGCUGUUAGUGUUCGACUGUCUGACCAUCAUUGGGCAACGAGAGAUAAAUGUCAAAAAGAAGACAGGUCUGUUCCCUCAAAGCAUUGAAUAGAGCAAUGAGGUGACGGGGGUAUAUCAAUUCGCCAAAAAACUAUGUGUCAGUAAAGAAAUGCAAGCUGUGUUAUUUUGUCCAGUAACAGGAAAAUGGUCAGGAAUGAAAUGCCUACGUUGUUUCAAUGAUUAGGCGAAUUAUCUGCCUAUGAAAAAAGCCCGAUAUGCGGAUAAAUAUUCCCUUUUCAACUUUGAGGGGCAGAGACUUCCCAUUGACUGUGCAUUAUAUGACGUCACCCCCAGUCUUUUUUAUUUUCUUUAUUUUGUAAUAUCAACGUGCAACUUUUCAGCGUGGCAACAGCCAGAAUAUUGCUUUACAUAUAGUCAGGAGGUCAUAUUAGAAAAAUCAAGUUGCCACUCGAGAGUGAGAACGAAACUCGUUUUCUAAAGGAGCUACGAAAUCUAGCCCACCGUCUGGUUUGUUUAUCAGCACGAUAACUCAAAAACGAAUUAAAAUAUUUGGACUAAACUUUGUGGAGUUGUUGGUAAUGACCCAAGGAACAAGUGAUUAAAUUCUGGUGGUGAUCCGGAUCACGAACUGGAACCAGGACAUUUUUAAAGAUUCUGUCAGCAGGCUACUGUAACUCAAAAAUUAAUCAACGGAUUUAGACGAAACUUUGUGGAGUUGUUGGUAAUGACCCAAGGAACGAGUGAAAGAGUGGUGAUCCGGAUCACGAACCAGAACCAGGACCUUUUUAAAGAUUCUUCAUCAUUGCUGGCCUAUAAAUCUAGACGCCCUUAGUGACCGCAAAUUGAAUUCCGGGCCAGGGAAAAACAUUCCAGUUUCUAACUCUACAAAGGAGGCAGAAAGAGAGGGUGUAAUAUAGUCAAUGUUCUAUUAAGCAGCUUCCUUGGCGGAGGUCUGCGCUCUGAGUGCUUCUAGUUCAACAUCACAUUAAGGGCCGUACACACACGUCGCUGCUAGUUACUCGCUCAGCGAAUGAACUCAAUAGAAUGUCAAUGUGUCCCAGCGAGACUCGCAGGCGAGUAGGCGAGUACUGUACAAGCGAUGCGAUGUGGGCGGAUUCCGAGUUGAAAAUAUUUUAUCUUCGAGCGAGGCGAGUAAGCGAGUAACCAAUAGGAAUGCAGAGUUCGGUACUUCUCGGCUGUCCAUUGGCAGUUAAAGCCGCGGGAACUUUCAGCGAACGUUCCAUGAAAGAGUGGCGAGUAGGGGAGCAAGCGAGAAGCUAGCUUUGUGUGUGUACGCCGCUUAAGUCUCACAGAAUAAACAGAGCCAGUAUAAACAAAGUAUAAGCAGGUAUAAGGCAUGUUGUGCAUUUGGGUGGUUUUUGUUUUGUUUUUUUAAAGAACCUUAUUUGGCAUCUGCAGUUACUGUUCUGUUUUUCCUGUGCACCAUGUAUCUGCAAGUGUUUUAUGCUAUGAGUAUGUCCUUGAUUGUAAUGUAAGUUACUUUUGAUAAAAGCAUCUGCCAAAUGUAAUGUAAUACAGCCUAAGAGAGUAGAGUAGAGUAGAGUAGAGUAGAGUAACUUAAUUGAUCCUUGGACGUGUUGAGUUGCUUACAUAAAUACGAAAUUCCGAAUUGAAAGAAUUUCAAUUCAAAGCAAUGCCAUAAUACGAACACUAGGAGGUGGUGUCCUAUGUACUUUCAAUGGGUGGUGUAGAUUAAAUUCAAAGAAAUUCAAGGUAAUGACACCACCUUGUGUUCGUAUUAUGGCAUUACUUUGAAUUGAAAUUCAUUCAAUUCGGAAUUUCGUACAAGCCUGAUGCCCACAUGGACAUUUCAAGACACAUAUAACAGUCAGGAAGGGAAAAUAAAAACUACAGGGAAAAAAAUAGAAAAUGCAAUUGUGCAAAAACACAUGUUCUGAGUCGAAGUAGAAAAGAGAUUAAGAUGACCAAGAAUGAGUGUUGACCAAUAAAUCUAUGAUAUAGUAUUGCGAUGUACAGUUGUAUUGUGAUGUAGAGUAGGGAGAACUAAGGCAUAAAUAGUAUUCAGCAAAGAACAUCAAUCCGAGUAAGGUGCAUGAAGACAAAAGGUUAAGUGAUCAUAAAGCAGCACUGAGCAUGAUAGGGGUGAGGAUUUCUCAAUCGUCAUCUUUUUGUGAUAAACCGAAAAACUAUGUCCAGUGGUCAUGAGAGUUCCGCAGUGCUGUGAUUAUCAAAGAUAGAGCAUUGUAACAGUCCCUGGUAGUGAAAAAUGUUCCAUCCUUGAAAAAAUGGAGCAUACAGCUCUUGGGCUAGGGGUGGGCGAUAUGAAGAUAUUAAUUGUCAAUCGUGAUAUCGACUACAAGAUCGUCUCGAAUCUGCCAAAGAAGAAAUCGUAUAGAUCGUCUUACAGUGAAGAUGUUAACUAUCAGUAUCAAAGUGAUAUUUACCUGUGUUGUUGUCUUCAUGCUUAUUCUUUACAUUAUUGUAUUCUAGUUGUGCACUUUAUGAGAGUGUCAUCAGUGUGUUAACAUUUUAUCAAUUGCAAAUUACAAAUUGCAAGCAUGUCAAAACUGAUUUUUGAUGUUUUUAUUUUUUGGGUGGAAGAUC